CGUUAUCCGACUAAUGUCAUAAUCGGCAACAACAAAUAAACAAAACGCAAAAUGAUAAAUAUUACCCGUUUAUUAAUCAAAAGACCUCUGGUGCAAAUACAUAACAAAAUGAGUAGUUUAGCUGAAAGCAAAGGACCUGUAGCUGAUGCAAUUUCUGUAGCCAUAACAGAACAUUUGCAACCGGUGCACUUGGAAGUCAUAAAUGAGUCCUACAUGCAUAAUGUUCCCAAAGGAGCUGAAACACAUUUCAAAGUUUUGAUAGUUUCGGAAAAGUUUGAGGAACUACCAUUGAUAAAGAGACAUCGUUUGGUGAACCAAGUGGUUAAAGAAAAGUUGGAGGAUCUAUUUCCCCACGCCUUGUCUAUAGAAGCCAAAACACCCAAACAAUGGCAGCCCACUUACACCGUAGAACCCAGUCCAAACUGUAGAGGAGGUUUUGGAAAGUAAAUGAAACAAAGUGUCGUAUCCAAUGUAACUACCGAUAAGUUUUGGCGUUUCUAUUUAUUUAAUUCUUACAUAAAAUAAAUGUAGCUUUAACAAAAUAUGUUUAACUAUAUUAAAAUAUAAAUAUAUUAAAAAUUGCUUUAAAAUAUCA